AUGUCAGACCCUUUCCCAUCUUCUGUUGUCGCAGCGGUGAAUAAGCGGCCUCAGAUGAAGGCUAGUGUGCCAUACGAGGUCUUUCUUCAUGUCGUUGAACAGCUCAUCGAUAUGGCAAAGAGCAACGAUGUCAAGGUCUGGUCUCUCGCCUACAAUCACAGCCUGGCCACCAAGCUGGUCCUCAACGAUGUCAAUAUUUUAGAGGACAAGCCCCAGUCCACUACCUACAAGCGCCACCAGAAGCUUCGCCUUGUCUCGCAGAUCAACCAGCAGUCCCGACGCAUGACCGAGAAGACCUUUACUAGACUCCCAUUUAUGGUCGCCACUCCUGACGGACUCAGUCGCCAACUUUGCCCAUUCAUCUACAACCAAGCUGUGAUUCUGCCCUCUGCUUCUGGCUAUGCCCUCCUCUCUCGCGUCGAAAAGAUCUUUCUUCUGCGCGUGCGCUACCUCAUCACUGCAAACGAGGAGUCCCUUUCAACCCUGAUCAGACUCCCGAACCUCAAGUCGAUCACCUUUAAUGUUGGAAGAUUUACCGGCAAACUUCGCAACACCAUGAAGCCAGGUCUCCAUGAGGUCGAGCCAAAGAAGUUCCCGCGCCUUGCACAAUUCUGCACUCAGGAGUCUGAAGCACUCAGAACUCUAUGGGCCGACCAUCUUGAAGCACGGGGAGUCAAGCUCUUCGGGGUCAUCGACAAUGACCAGCUCCCCAUCAUCGAGUUACACCCAAGUCGUGACAAGAUCAUGAUCGCAUACAUUCAGCCUUAUGCCGACAAAGCCGUCGAAGAGUUGACAGAGCGCAUGAAUCAUGUCAUGGACUUUUUGGCAAUCUGA